GAUUCUAGAUCAGUGUCAACAUUAUCUGAUAUGCGAUCUGAGAGCAAUACAUCAUAUACAGCUGUUUCAGAUGAUGAAUUCUUAGACAUUGCUUUAUCCCCAACAAGAUCGUCUCCAGAUUCACUUCUACUUGGAUUCAGUACAUUAAUAGAAGGAGAUAUUAUUAGCCAGACAUCAAUUAUUCUUAAAAGAAAAAUUACAAAAUAUUCUUCAGAUACUCCUCGCAAGACUGAUUUAUUGUUUGGUGAUAUUAAAAAUAAUGAAGCAGUUGUGAGAAAAAGAAAGUUGACACGUGAUUUAGAAUCAAAUCCUGAAACUAAUGUAUUAUUAAAGAAAUCUAGACCUAGUACAAGUCUUUCUAUGUCAUUUGAUUCUCCAUGA